UUUUGAGCAUAAAGAACCAAAAAGAGACAUAGACAUCAUGUUAUUUCAAUUUAACAAGAGGUCUUGAGUUCGAGUCUUAGAUCAUACGAAAGAGAAAGAGUAACUAUAUUCUCGUGGAACAAGAUCGUUUCGAUUCUAGAGUAUGUGAAAUUCAAAAGGAAGCUAAGGUUGGGAUAGAGAGAAAGUUGUGAUCAUAAAUAUAUAUGGCUGAUACAUUUGAUGAACAGUGUGAUUAUCUAUUCAAAGCAGUUCUAGUUGGGGACUCUGGAGUUGGGAAAUCAAACUUGUUAUCAAGAUUUGCAAAAGAUGAAUUCCUUUUAGAUUCCAAACCCACCAUAGGUGUGGAAUUUGCUUACAGGAACAUAAGGGUCAAAGACAAACUCAUCAAAGCACAGAUUUGGGACACUGCUGGCCAAGAAAGAUUUAGAGCUAUCACAAGUUCAUACUACAGAGGAGCCUUGGGAGCAAUACUAGUCUAUGACAUAACCAGAAAAUCGACUUUCGGAAACGUGAAGAAAUGGUUGCAUGAGCUAAGAGAGUUUGGAGGUGAAGACAUGGUGGUCGUUCUGGUCGGAAACAAAUCUGAUUUGGUUCAGUCAAGGGAAGUUGAGAAGGAAGAAGCGAAAGGGCUUGCGGAAACAGAAAGGUUAUGCUUCAUGGAAACGUCUGCUAUGCAGAACCUGAAUGUUGAGCAAGCAUUCUUGCAAAUGAUAACUAAGAUCCAUGACAUCACAAGCCAGAAAAUGUUGGAGGCCAAGAAAGAGAAUGGCACAACAUUGAGGAUUUCAGGUAGGAAGGAAAUUCACGUAACUGAUGAAGUCACUGCUACUAAACAAGCUAGUUGUUGUUCAAGAUGAAAACAUACACAUCAUUGAAGGUGCAAAUACUUUCUGUAUAGGAAUUGUUUUGUAUGAUCAUUUUACUUUCCCACACUCCAUCUAAUAGUAUAUGAGUGUAUGUUAGCUCAAUGUAGGUGACAAUAAUGAAAACAGAUAACACAUCUCAUCUGUAUAACUGAGUUCUUGUUUCUUCCUACUUCCCCACUUCUUCCUUUCCUGUCUCUUUUGUUUGCUUUUUUUUUUUCCCUUUGUCUAAAAAAUGAUCACUUGAUAGUAGAAUGUAAAUGAUGAUUUUAAUGU